UUCUUUUUUUUUUUUUUAUAAAUUUCUUCAACAUGUCUAACCAUAAAAUCAGUUAUACUGGUGAUUCUUAUCACAAGUUCCGACCUUCUUAUUCACAAGAGAUUUAUUCUCUUAUUUAUCAAUUUCAUUCCCAAACUGGGGGAGAAUACACACUAGCAAUCGAUGCAGGAUGUGGAACAGGUCAAUCCACUGCAGCAUUAUCCAAGCAGUUUACCAAAGUGUAUGGUAUUGACACAUUGAAAGACCAAUUGGAUUGUGCCAUCACCAAAGACAAUAUCACUUACAAAUUAGGCCCUGCUGAAGAUUUAUCUGGCUUUAAAGACGGGACAGUAGAUAUGGUAUCCGUUGCCACAGCCUUUCAUUGGUUCCAACAAGACAUUUUCUUUAGGCAAGUGAAGCGUGUUUUAAAACCGAAUGGCACAUUAGCCGUCUUUAGCUAUUAUUACCCCGUCAUAACAGAUACUCCAGAAGCAAAUGGAGUCAUUCAGGAUCUGACAGAGGGCGAUUUUGAUAAAUACGCGAAUUCUAAUAUUCAUUAUAUCAAAAACAUGUACCGUGAAAUCCAGUUUCCAUUUGACACACAGAAAUGGUAUAUCUCUCCAGAGACAGCAGAUACCACACAUAUCAGUGAGACCAUAAAUGCACCCUUGAUGGAAGCCUCCAUGACCAUUGAUAGAUUUGCUGAUUAUAUGAAGACAAGCUCGGCUUACUUCAACUAUCUGGAAGAUCCUGAAAAUGCAGGAAAAGAGGAUCCAGUGGACAAAAUGAUUUCCAAAUUAAUGAAACUUUUAGAUGUCACUGAUACCGGGUACAUCAUUCAUUUAGAAUGGCCUACCGUAUUGGUGCUGGCAAAAAACAACACGAAUUGAAUGAUUAUUACACACCAAACCCAUGCGUUGUAUAUUUUUUUUUUUUUUACUCUGUUACGCUUAUAACGUAAUAAAAGAAAAAGAAGUUUUGUAAACUAACAAGUUCGGUUCCUGGAUCUCCAAUAUAUACUCUUGGAUUUACCUAUUGUAUGAUUUAAUUAACAAACAGGUCAUACCGACGACUAUUGCCAAUGAGUCCAAUAACGUCUGCACAUCAUU